GCUAGACGAACGCCAUCGGAAGCCAACCUUCCUUCGCAUCUUUUAAAAAGCGUCAAGAGGCUGACUCCCAAAGAACAUUAGCAUUUUAUUCAGCUUUUCCAUCGAAUUCUGAAAUAACUGACAGGCGGAAGAAGAAGAAGAGGAACCAGAUCGUCUAGUAAUCGGCUGGAAAUGGCGGGAUGGACGGGAAAAAGGGUCAACGUUGCGUUUUCCAAGCCAGAGGAACCAGCCUUCUUGAAGAGGUUCAAAGAACGUGUUGGGUACAAGGAAGAUCAAGGGAUGUCGGAUAAGUUUGCAAAGAUGCCUGAAGCGACGGACGAGGAUCUCGAAGACAAAGACGACGAACUUCCUCAGGUUGUGAGUUUAAGGUCUGGAGACUUGACGCAGGAAGAGUAUGACCAACUGCGCUCAGAGGGGAAACUGGACAAACUCCUGGAGGAAGGGGAGGGCGAAGUUCAGGGGCCAAAAACAAGAGAAGAAGCGGAGGCACCAGCUGACGGAAAGAUAAUUUUCCGCAAGCCGGUGAAGAGAAGCGGAGACGAAAAGGAUGGAAAGGGUACGGAGAAGAAACAAAAAGGAGAGGAUAAGAGCGAGAAGCGGGAGAAGAAGAGCAAAAAGGAGAAGGAGAAAGAAUUAAAGAAGAUUAAACUUUUAUCCUUCAACGAAGAUGAGGAAGAAGAGGAUUGAUGAAUUUUUUUUUUUCCUUUUUUUUUUUUUUUUUGCUACUCUCGGUUAUUGUUAUUAUUAUUUUUUUUUCUUUGUUUGGCUGAACAAUUUGUAAAACAUAUUGUUAAAUAUUUUUAUAGAAAUAAACUGGAUUAAUGUCA